CUGUAUCGGCACUUGUGCGGCUUACAAGCGACAACACGAGCAUCCGAAAUUUUUCCUUUGCCAAUUUUAAGUUCCUUUUGGCGGUUGUGAAAUUAUAAAAUCGCCUUUAAGGGUCCUCUUAUACCCAUUUUUUUGGAUUACCAAAGUUUUGUCAAAUUAUGUUUUUCUAAUAAGUUUUGAAAAUGGUUGGCAGACCGACAGAAUAAGAAGAAAAUUGUUCUGUCCCGUAAAGGAUUCUAUUUUUUUUUUUUAAACUCGGUGUUUCAUGGAAUCUCCGUCUUUCAUCUACCGUGUUCUCUGGCUUCUUUCUCUUUCGGUAACAGUAACCAAUGGUCAGCUUCAAAAGAACUUCACUUGCCCCAGGACCCUCACGGUCACAAACGCCCGUCUGCACGGCGGGUUUUCUGCAGGAAACUUCGAAAGACUGGGCCUGAGCUCUGAUAACGAGCAGUGUAUCGAGCGUUGCUGUGAGCGAGCGUCAUGUGACUUGAUAGCCAAUGUAGGCGAGCACUGUUAUGCUGUAUCGUGCUUUAGCGAGAAUCUUUGUCGACCGGUCCGUUUAUCGGACGAUGAGCGUGGUUCUACCCUCCUUUACAUUGUGUCCAGGAAGGACAGCCUCUCAGAUGAUCCGCGCAACCAAAUAUCUCACCCAGGGGUUUCUCGGAGCAGACGAUCUGUGGUGCAGCAUGAACCUUCUUCAAAAAUUGCUGAAGAAAGCGGUUCGAAUCAAAUAGGUAGCACGAAAGAUAACACUGGCACGGAGUCAUUCAAGAAUGUUCCAAUGAAUCCUGACGAGGAAGUAGUGUCUCAGCCGGGGUUCUUCAGCGGCGACAGUGACUACACGUCAGGUUCUGCAGGGGGGUCUUCUGGGUCAGCAGGGACACUCUUCAAGAUCACACUUGGGAAGGAAGGCAGCAGUGCUACCGUUACUCUUGGGGAAGGGGGCGGUAUUGCCAACAUGGAGGGGAGCGGUGGGAGUGGGAUUACGCUCAGGGGAGGGGAGAGUGGCGAUGUCAUGUCAGGUUCAGGGGGGGACUUGUCUCGUGAUGUCAAAGGAUAUUCCGGAAGCGGAAGUGACGUAAUUCCGGCUGUUGUCUCCAGUGGCGAGGGUGAAGAGCAAAUCGGAGAUGAGUCCACCUCAGGAAGUGGGGGUUCUAGUGCGGACAAAAAGGAGGCCGGCGCUCGCGGAGAAACAAUAUGGGGAUUCCAUAAAACGACGACUAACAUUGCCUCAAAGGGCAAAGCAUACAAUGAUAAGACGAACAAAUUAGGGAGGGACAAAUGGAUGAAAGAUCUCGCUUUCAAGGUCAGUAGAUACGGAAAUAAGGGUAGCCUGGCGAGGCUGCAGUUGCUGCUAAAACACAGGAGCAGAGAGAAUGAUAAUGAGGGUAUGAUUGGGGCUCAAGGGCCAAGCACACCGAGCCUAGAUAACAUAGUACAAGGUAAGGGAGAGACUGCGCAACUAUCGGCCCCAGUUAUCAACCUGAAUAACACAGUACAAGGCAAGGGCGCAAACAACAGUUCGCAACUAUCGGAUUCAGCUCUCAAUCAAGAAAGCUCUAAAAAAAAGGAACGAAAUCUAAAGGACGGCAGGAAUGAUGAGCUACUCAAACAGGGAAUACAAAACAGCGUUUACGGACCGUUACAACAAGUUUUUUUAAAGCAUGAAAAGGCCCAAUCGGUCAAUCCAGUAAAGCCUGUUGGACUAUUUAAACCGGUCAAUCAAGCUAAUCCAGCUCAACAGGAUGACCAGUUUGAGAUUCACGGUGAACAAGCUGGGGCUGUUGGUAAACAAGGAGGAAGACAAGCUAAACCAACUAGCAAAGAGGAUAUGUUAAACCUUGCCAACUUUGUUAAUCAAGUCCAUAAUAUUUACGUGUCUAGCAAAACGAAGGGCGGUAAAACAUUUCGAGAAAAUCCAGAGGUUACUAAGGCUAAUGAGAUUCUACUAAUCGAGAAAGCAGCAAGGAUUCUAACCAAUCAGGACAAAGCACGAGGAAUGCACGUGACUUCGGGGUCAGAACACGCCCGGGUCGAGAAGGCAAACAUGGCGGAAAGCGGUUACUUUAGAAGUCAGAAAAAAGCAUUCAAAGCUGAUCGUGUGUACGAAGCCCUAUCAGAGCUGCGCUUCGGCAGCCUCCCUUCCCUAGUGACAAACGAGACUCGUUUCCAGCACCUCAAGCUGUGUGGAUUGUACGUGGAAGAGUAUAAUGUCUCAAGGUUAAGUGGCUCGUGGAACUCGCAUCUUUACCACCCCUACUCGUACCUGUACGAGCUUCCUCGCCAUUACACCGAGUGUCGCACCGAGCUGUGGCUCAACAACACGGACAUGCGCGGUAGCGUCUUCCUCAGCUUCCAGGUGAAGAGCAUUUUGGGUAAUACGAUGGAGAACAACGCGCGCGUUUGUGCCAAGUACUGCUGCAAUGAGCUGAGGUGCCGGGCCUGGACUUUGCGCGUACAAAUGGCAAGCACUAGAAACUGUGAUAAAGGUUCCUACUGCUGUUGGCUGAAGAGUGCGGUGCCAUCUCCUAUUCCCGGAGUAAGUAACGCCACUUCCGGUAUAAUCAAACGAGAACACACCAAGGCACCCCCUACAGGGAUGCGCUCAGCGGUUCCCCUAGGGGGACUAGGGACGGGUUCCUUUGAACUCCGUGCUGAUGGGACCUUCCACGAAUGGACGAUAGAGAACCAGUCCCCCGGCGGCUCGGCCAAGUUGAACCAAGGAGCCCUGGAUAUGGCCGUGCUUGGUGUCCGAGUUGAUGGCAAGGACGAGAGUAAGGCCGCCUUGCUAAGGACAACACCUCCCCAUGGGUACCCUGGUGUAAAGUCUUUGCGCUAUUCUGGAUCUUACCCGGUUACCAAGAUUUCUGUCGAUGAUGCCAUCACAGAGCACGUGACCAUGGAUGUGUAUGCGCACCCAGCGUUUCACCCACGUGACCCAUAUAAGUCGGCGGUCCCUGCGGUAGCGUUCACGCUUGCUCUUGUCAAUAAGCACAAGACGGACACGUUCCGUGCGUCCUUUAUGUUGAGUCUUCCCCUGGGUUACCAGGAGGACACGAUACGCGUGGGGGGUAACUACGGCGAGGUAGUCUUCUCAAGGAAUAUAGGGCCAGCGGACUGCGCGAAAGCCUGUGAGCGCAUGCCCAAAUGCAUGGCCUGGACCACUAACGGCCCGUCGUCAUGUCUACUCAAAGACAAGAUGCCGCUGCACGCUUGGGCUCAUGGGAUAGUGUCUGGGGUCAAAGGUCGAUGGUCUGUGGACCAAAAGCGAUCCAUGUUAACGCUCGAGAGACCUGGGUUCUUCCCUCAGAGCGGAAGUACAACACUACAUCCGGUGAGAGAUUCGGAAAAGGACGUGUCUUUUGGUGUAUCGAACGACUUUGAUGCCAUAUGGAAAAACUUCACGAAAUUGGGUGAGGCGGGCCCACCAAACACCAGUCACUUUGGGCUACACGGUGCAUCUACCAUUAGUACCACCCUUACGCCUGGACAGAGCACCACCCUCACCAUCAUCAUGUCCUGGUAUUACCCGCAUCGUGACCAGGCAAAGGUGCGUAUUGGGAACUUCUACAACAACUUCCUCAAGUCGAGUCGGGGCGCCGCCUCGAUUAUGCGAAAAGAUCUACUUCUCUCUAUCAACAACAUUCGCGAUUGGCAAUCCCCCGUCCUGAGCGUCAGGACUCCGCCUAUGAAAGACGGUGCAACCAGUUCAAAGAAAGUCAACCGGCUUCCAGAAUGGCUGCAAGAUAUGCUCCUUAACAGCGCGAGCUUUUGGCGGUCUGCUUUCUGGACUGAGGACGGACGGUUCAGGCAGUGGGAAGCAUUUGAUUGUAAUGAUGUCGACGCCAUUCAUAAUGACGUGCACCGCAUACUGCCUUACAUGCUGUUUUAUCCAGAGACCGUUCGUCAUCUACUGAAUUCGUGGGCGGCAAAUCAGUACUCAAACGGUCGAAUGCAGGAAGCGCUAACUGAGGGCUGUCUCGGCUCCACCGGGAAACUUGAUUACGCGGGCGGACGUGUCAUGUCCGACUCCAGUGCACUGUUCGUGGUCGAAGUGUAUCACUAUUUCAAGUGGACUGGGGAUAGCGCUCUACUGCGCAGACUCUGGCCCAACGUCAAACGAGCUGUCACGUGGUUGAUAGGGGAAAGCACUAAAGGUACCGGGCUGCCAUUUCGCAAAGUUUCCACAUACGAUCUGGUGGGGAUCGAUAAGUACGAUCACGUGAUGUACGAGGCCGGUGUGUUCCUCCUCGCUUUACGCGCCGCGCAACAUCUUGCUGUACACCUAAAAGACAAGCCCUUCAACGCCACGACUACGCAUGCGCUUAUCCGGGCCACUCAGCUAGUGGACGUGACACUCUGGAACGAGGAGAGGCAGUUUUACCGCGCCUGGUGGGACUCCGAGUACGGCGCCUCCGAUUGGAUCAUGUCAGAUUCCUUAUAUGGGCAGGUUUGGGCCAACACCUUAGGCCUGGGAGAGCUAUUACCCGAAGAGAAGAUGAAGGUUCACUUACAAAACGAGAUCAAAUACAACGACUCCCCGUACGGACUGCGUGUCAUCAGUAUAGGCGAGCCUGCGAUGUCAUUAGAAGACACAGCGUACGUGCUGACCCACAGAGUCCCCGGAUGUAGCUCCUUGGAGAACAUCACGAAACAUAACUCAAUCUGGAUGGGCGCUGACGCUGACUGGUCGUCUCUGAUGAUCAGUUUGGGUGCGGAUCCACAUCUCUCCUUGAAACAAGCCAAGAAAUCUCUCGACCACUGGCGGAGUGAGCUUCACGACCAGUGGAAUAUCCACGGCCUGAUCUCGUCCGAUGGGUACGGACAGGACGGUCUUCCCUGGGCCACAUCGCAUUACAACUCACACUUAGUCAUCUGGCACUUACCUCUCGCCAUUUCCGGUCAGCAGUAUUCCGCGCCAGACAAGACGCUGACGUUCAAGCCCAAGUUCGACAUCCCAUUUGAAUUGCCCUUCUUCACACCUACAGCUUCCGGUGUGAUCGCGGGCUCGUAUAAAAGAAGCGGCCAGGAAUUCGAAGAGAUGUUUACUUUCAGGGUUACCUCCGGUUUCAUCAAUCUUAAGCGACUCGCAAUUCUUGAUAGCUACUAUGGCAACGGCGAAAUCAGACUAAAGAAAGAUUCCCUCGUCACGUGGUCUCGACCCAAGGAGAACGUAGCGAGUAUUCUGAGAGAACUGUAAAUAGGCAUCCUCAUUUAUGUAUAAGUCCGCUGGCCUACUGCCGCAAGGAAUUUUACUUCCUCUGCGUUUCACGUGACAUGUGCGCAAUGCAUGUCCCUGUCUAGAACGAUGAUCCACGCGCAUGCUCAAACUUCUGAAACAGCUGACCUAGUACAGAUAACGUCACGUAACUGCAAGUAUUUAUCCAUCAUUUUAAUAGUAUGAUUUUUGUAAUCGCAUUUUUAUUGGGUAAACUUAGAAAGAAAUAUAAUAUUUUUGCAACAAAUUAAAAAAAUGUUCGUCGUUAA